GUCCUAUGCAUCGUUCCUCUGGGCUUUUCCCAGAUCCAAAUGUUUCAGAGGCUUAAAGACAGCGACAGAGUUUUCAUUUUAGUUCAUGAUUGAUGGCUAACUACUACAAAGAGAAAGCUAAGGGAUGAUGACUAAAGUUUAUGGUGAGAAUAUUAGAGAAAAGGAACUACGCUCAUCCUUAAACGGUCAUAUAAUACAAGCCUUUAUUUUGACAGGAUCUUGCUAUUUGACGAAUAGUUUUGCCAGUGCCAAGUGUAAUGAAAAAGCUUGUUUUAAUGGGCAUAUCGUGAUGCUCUUUUUCAUAGUGAAGGAGACAUGUUUGGUAAAUUCAUUAUUUUAGGAACACUAACAUGGCUUCAAAAUACUCUUUCUUAAAAAAUCAAGCUCAUAAUUG